UAUAAUAUACUACAUAUAAAAAAGAACCAAUUUCAAAACCAUUCAUGCUAUCAAGUUUUGAUAAAGCUUCAUAUUCCGUUGUCAGUAACACUCACACAUAACUCUUUUGUUUUACAACUUUGUAUUUAUUAAUUUACUUUUGAUUUAACAUAAACAAAUCAUCAUAUUUUAUUGUUCGAUUUCUAAAUGAAAUAUUGAUUACUUGAAAAUAUCAUAUUUUACAGUAAAAAGGUGUUUGUAGUUUCCCUAAAGACAAUUUAUGAAAUUAAAUGCUAUAUAAAGUUAUUUUGUUGAAAUAUUAUGAUGAGAACCACCUUUUGAUACUGCCAUGUAGCAAUAAUCAAACUUACUUUUUCUAUGCACGGAAAACAAAAUCAAUCCAAAAGUGUUAUUAACGAAUUUAUUUGGUGAAUUUUUGUUGCACGAUAUUUUGCAAUCUAAAUAUUUGCCUACCAUACAUAUGUCUUCGUGAGGUUCGUCUUAUUAAUACGCAUGCUAUUAGACUUUUUGAAGAUUGAGACUUUUGUCGGUUAUAUAUACGUGCCCCUCUUUGACUUUAUCGCAAAAGUGUUUAGCCUGCCAAACGAAUUCUCGUUAACAAAACUGAAAGAACCCCAAGACAAAAUGAGUUCCCAACUAUAUGGCAGCCCAAGGAUGAAUUCUGGGCCGGGGUCUGUUCAAGAACAAAUUCGGAGUGCAGGAAAACGCAUCACCAGCAGUCACAAAGAAUUUCUCGGGUCGGAUGCCAAAUUUCCCAUGAAUAGCCUCCGUAGAGUGAUUGAUACUAAGUCCUCCACAGAAAGGGAACGAUUUAUACACAGUACGUUUCCCAAAAUCUGCAAUCUGGCCCAAGACAUUGGCAGCGUUAAUCAGCUCAUCAGUGAACUGGUGGUUGGAAGUAGUGUGGCGAUCAGACGAAUCGAUAUUGCUCGAAUUUUGGCCAAUGCUUUUUUAUGCACUUUUGAAGACGGGUCGAACAUCAACUUUUCCUACCUCUACAACUCUGCUACAGCUCGCAAUCCGGGAGUCCAGAAGGAAAAACUUCUGUGUUUGAUUCACUACUUUGAAUCUGUCCUCGAUGAAAAGUUUGUUCAAGACAAUGAAAGAGUUUUUUUCAAAAAAGAGAGCAUCGAGAACUUCAACAUUGAUGGAUUUUAUAACAAAAAACUCCGCUCCUUGCAGUUAGAAAGAGGGAGCAUUUUCGACGCUCACAAUACGUUUGCACAAGUCAUAUUUUCUAACAAGUAUUUGGGCGGAGGAGUUCUUGGCAAUGGCUGUUUGCAAGAGGAAAUCUGCUUUUUGACGUGCCCUGAGCUGCUGGUGCUCAAACUCUUGUGCCCCAACCCGCUGAAAGAAAAUGAAGUCGUUAUUGUGAAAGAUGCACUUCAGUUCGUUAAAACCUCAGGAUACGCAGAGAAUAUGAAAUUUGAAAAAGCCGUGAAGAAUGCAAUUGGACCAAUCAUACUGAUGGACGCAAUCGACUUUUCAAAAGAUCCAAUUGCUCAGUGGGAGGAGAGAUACGUUUCGAGGGAAUUGAAAAAGGCAUUCCUCGGCUUCAGUAGAGCUGGCUCAGAGAAGCUAGCGUCUGGAUUUUGGGGCUGCGGAGCGUUUAAGGGUGAUCCUUGGUUAAAACUCGCAAUUCAAUGGAUCGCCGCGUCUGCGGCUAGCAAGGACUUGGUCAUUCAUCAUAUUGGGGAUAGAGUUGACGCCCAGCGAAUUAUCAGCGACCUGGAAAAAUUGAAGGGGAAAGAAAUAAAACAAUUGAUCGACCUUAUUCGAGGUGGGCGCUAUUCAACGCAGACUCGAAGUCUGGCAACACCAAUUGCUACGCAAUCAAAAAUUCACCAGUCAAAUCGCGCUCAAUAUAGUAACUAUUACUGAAACGUUACUGCGGUACAUUGUUUUUAUUUAUAAUAUGUCAACUAAAACAAAAUAUAUGUUUAAAGGAUCACGAUUGAGCCAUAAUGCUGGUAUCACAUUAAUAGAGACUUUUUGUUCUAAAAUUUUUAAGUUCAAUAAAAAUACUUUAAUCCUUGUA